AAGGGAGGAGGAGGAAUGUGGAAGGCGGCGGCGCGCAGGCUGACAGGCGGUUCCUUGGGCGGGCUGCAGCGGUGGCCCGAGCGCCUCUCCUUCUCCAGGGUUGCACGUCCUCUCUUCGCCUGGCCCCGGACCUGCGCGGGAUUGUGCGUCCUCCCGCCUCGUCCCUGAAAGGGAAGGAACCGAGGCGGCGGCAGCAGCGGCGCCCGGGAGCCCGAGCCUUCGCGGCGCCUCCGUCCCUCCCCCGCCGCACCCCGCCCGGGCGUGAGAGGAGAGCGCAAGAGUCCUAGCCGCCGGCAGGCGGGCGGGCAGGCGGCGAAGAUGGCAGAGGCACCGGCCUCCCCGGUCCCGCUCUCUCCGCUGGAAGUAGAACUGGACCCGGAGUUCGAGCCCCAGAGCCGGCCGCGCUCCUGUACGUGGCCCCUGCAGAGGCCAGAGCUCCAGGCGAGCCCGGCCAAGCCCUCGGGGGAGACGGCCGCCGACUCCAUGAUCCCCGAGGAAGAGGACGAUGAAGACGACGAGGACAGCGGUGGCCGGGCCAGCUCGGCUAUGGCGAUCGGCGGCGGCAGCGGGAGCGGCACGCUUGCCUCGGGGCUACUCCUUGAGGAUUCGGCCAUACUGCUGGCUCCCGGAGGGCAGGACCUCGGGUCCGGGCCAGCUCCCGCGGCGGGCACGCUGAGCGGGGGGACGCAGUCACCGCUGCAGCCUCAGCAGCAACUGCCACCGCCGCAGCCGGGGGCGGCGGGGGGCUCUGGGCAGCCCAGGAAAUGCUCCUCACGGCGGAACGCCUGGGGGAACCUGUCCUACGCCGACUUGAUCACCCGUGCCAUCGAGAGCUCCCCGGACAAACGGCUCACUUUGUCCCAGAUCUACGAGUGGAUGGUGCGCUGUGUGCCCUAUUUCAAGGAUAAGGGCGAUAGCAACAGCUCAGCCGGCUGGAAGAACUCUAUCCGGCACAACCUGUCGCUGCACAGUCGGUUCAUGCGAGUCCAGAAUGAGGGGACUGGCAAGAGUUCUUGGUGGAUCAUCAACCCCGAUGGAGGGAAGAGUGGGAAGGCCCCCCGUCGACGGGCUGUUUCCAUGGACAACAGCAACAAGUACACCAAGAGCCGUGGCCGUGCAGCCAAGAAGAAGGCAGCCCUGCAGGCUGCCCCAGAGUCAGCAGAUGACAGUCCUUCCCAGCUCUCCAAGUGGCCUGGCAGCCCCACAUCACGCAGCAGUGAUGAGCUGGAUGCAUGGACAGACUUCCGCUCACGCACCAAUUCCAAUGCCAGCACAGUCAGCGGCCGCCUGUCACCCAUCCUAGCAAGCACAGAGUUGGAUGACGUCCAGGACGAUGACGCGCCGCUCUCCCCCAUGCUCUACAGCAGCUCAGCCAGCCUGUCACCCUCUGUGAGCAAGCCAUGCACUGUGGAGCUGCCUCGGCUGACUGACAUGGCGGGCACCAUGAAUCUGAAUGAUGGGCUGGCUGACAACCUCAUGGACGACCUGCUGGAUAACAUCACACUCCCAUCGUCCCAGCCAUCACCCACCGGGGGGCUCAUGCAGCGGAGCUCUAGCUUCCCCUACACCGCCAAGGGCUCCGGCCUGGGCUCUCCAACCAGCUCCUAUAAUAGCACGGUGUUCGGACCGUCAUCUCUGAACUCCCUGCGCCAGUCUCCCAUGCAGACCAUCCAAGAGAACAAGCCAGCCACCUUUUCUUCCAUGUCACACUAUGGCAACCAGACACUCCAAGACUUGCUCACUUCAGACUCACUCAGCCACAGCGAUGUCAUGAUGACCCAGUCGGACCCUUUGAUGUCUCAGGCCAGCACCGCUGUGUCCGCCCAGAACUCCCGUCGCAACGUGAUGCUUCGCAAUGACCCAAUGAUGUCCUUCGCCGCCCAGCCUAACCAGGGGAGUUUGGUCAAUCAGAACUUGCUCCACCACCAGCACCAAACCCAGGGCGCUCUCGGUGGCAGCCGUGCCUUGUCGAAUUCCAUCAGCAACAUGGGCUUGAGUGACUCGAGCAGCCUUGGGUCAGCCAAACACCAGCAGCAGUCUCCCGUCAGCCAGUCUAUGCAAACCCUCUCGGACUCUCUCUCAGGCUCCUCCUUGUACUCAACUAGUGCAAACCUUCCUGUCAUGGGCCAUGAGAAGUUCCCCAGCGACUUGGACCUGGACAUGUUCAAUGGGAGCUUGGAAUGUGACAUGGAGUCCAUCAUCCGUAGUGAACUCAUGGAUGCUGAUGGGUUGGAUUUUAACUUUGAUUCCCUCAUCUCCACACAGAACGUUGUUGGUUUGAACGUGGGGAACUUCACUGGUGCUAAGCAGGCCUCAUCUCAGAGCUGGGUGCCGGGCUGAAGGAUCACUGAGGAAAGGGGAAGUGGGCAAAGCAGACCCUCAAACUGACACAAGACCUACAGAGAAAACCCUUUGCCAAAUCUGCUCUCAGCAAGUGGACAGUGAUACCGUUUACAGCUUAACACCUUUGUGAAUCCCGCGCCAUUUUCCUAACCCAGCAGAGACUGUUAAUGGCCCCUUACCCGGGUGAAGUACUUACCCUUGGAACUGAACUCUAUAAAGUAUGCAAAAUCUUCCUCAUAUGGGGUGGCGAGCCCACCUGCCAGCAGAGGACAGCCCUGUCAGCACCCAAUCUCCUUCAGAGCACACCGUGAGCCCCACUGGCAAUUCUGUGGUGUUUUGAUAUUGCGAUGGUUUAUGGGAUGUUUUCAGUGUCAUUUUGUGUUUGUUUUCCUUUGACCUUCUGAGUUUUUCACAUGCAUUAACUUGCAGUAUUUUUCUGUUCAAAUGUUCACCGUCCUUCCCCUGGCAAAUUUUAAAACAGAAGGAAAAUGUUGUACCAGUUACCAUUCUGGCUUCGGGCGUCACAAGCCCCCGAGCCCGUGGAACUCCAUAAACUAACACAUUACAUAAACUAGAGGGGGAUUUUCUUUCUUCUUUUGUUUGGUAGAAAAUUACCCUUUUCUAAAAACUGAACAAUGGCACAAUUGUUCGCUGUGCGCGCCUGUCCAGGACUGAGCACGCACAGGCGAGCCGAGUGGAGCGCGCGUCUGACCCAGUGUGUUUCCAGGUCUGAGUCAGGGUGGUCUGUGGACGAGACCCCCAGUGCCUGCUCUGCAGCUGCAGGUCAGUAGGGCCUGUGGUCUCCUCAGCUAAUGCAGUGGACAGCGUUGGCCUCUCCGUUAGAAACUAGAUCUUUUCAGGAAAGAAGUCAGCUCAGCUGUCCACUCAUUGCCAAAAGCCACUAAAGGAUUUAGUUUAAGGAGAAAAGUGUCCUGUUUUGUUUUGCAGAAGAAAUGAACUUGAAGGUGAGCAUGAAGCUUGCAGUGAGAAAUGUGUGAAGAGGACAAACCAAGUGAAUGCUAAGGCAGGUCUAACUUCACUGUUUUUAAAGUACACAUCCUUGAUUAUUUUCAGCCUUGCUGUGUAUAAUCUGAUCUUCUAGAAGUGUAUGAGUGAAAGGCAAUAGCCUACAAACUGAUUUUUUUAUAUAAGUUAGGUUAUAAUUGUUCGAGUGACACAUGAAAGUACAAGAUAGGGCAGUUUUGAUUUUCCUUUUUUCUUUCUUUUUUAAAAAACUUUCCUGCUUCUGUGGGUUUCAAUUUGUUUUGUUUUCAAAAAGUUAUGGUGCUGUAUAGGUGCUUUCUGUUUAACCUAGAAAGUGUGAUAUAUUCAUUGCCCCCUUUGGUAGACAGAAGAGUUGGGAACACAUUUGGUACCUAUGAAACUGGUGUGACGACGCUCUGAUUAGCACAGCAUAUACAUACUUCUCCAAAGUGAUAUAUGAAGACUUUUCUUUGCAUAAAAAGCAUUAGGCAAAUAAAUGUAUAAAUAUAUUUUAUCAUGUACAGUACAAAAGUGGAACCUUGUGCAUGGGCGUUAGGAAUACAGGCUAGUAUUUCAGCACAGACUUCCCUGCUUGAUUUCCCCUCGAUGCUUGCACCGUGGCAGUGAGCACCAACACAGACAUGCCACCCGAUCCCCGCACCCACCACCACCAGGGACCCUUUGUGCACCUUUGCUUUGUAACCCCUCUGGGGCGGGGGGCAUAUGGGUGGUAAGCACAGCUCCUAGCAUAAUGAGAGUUCCAUUUGGUAUUGUCACACGUCUCUCCUGCCUCGCUUGGAUUGUCACGUUUGAGCGAUGGCCCUGUCAAUUUCACCCUGCCUUUUACUAAAUCUGUAAAUUGUCGUGCAAUUGUGGUUAUGGUAGACCUAUAGCAUAUUGCCUUUUCUGAACUGCUACAUGUUUAUAAUCUUCAUUUUAAAAGUAUGUAUGAUUUUUUAAAAUAUGUAUUCUAUUCACGUGGUCUGCUUGUCAGUGAGCCGGACUUGCCUACUAUAUUCCUUUAUGAUAACGCUAGCUACUUCCUUGGUUCUUUACUUGUCUGAUGUACGCGAGAACUGUCCAGUGUCAGCAAAGGAGGGCUGCCUCUCUGGCUCCCUAGGUGAUGGUGCCAGGGUGGGGGGCCACUGCAGAGGCAGUGGCAGCAGCUGGGAGGGAAGCAGGGGAAGGGGUGUGGAGAGAGGUCAGACAUGAGGGAGGAUCCCAAGUGCUUCCAACAGGAGGGCCUGAGAAUUUCUCUCCUGAGCUCAAAGAAACAAGCAAACUAACUCACAACUUAGGUACUUGCCUGUGCAGCUUUACGGACCCAGGGAGCUGCUCCCGGAGCAAGAAAGGCAACUCUCCAGUGUGUUCCAGCUUGGAAAUGUUGAAGUCCUUUCAGACAUUUGGCUUCUCACUGAUUCUCUGCUUUUCCAAUGUUUGUUGGAUUUCAGGCACAAUGUCCUACCAUAUGUCCUAGAACCCGAUUAUAACACAAUGUGAAACAGCUGAGGGAGGGACAGAGGGGCAUGAGGGACAGGGCAGCCACAGAAUAGAUCAGGAAAAUGGAGGGGGGAAUGCUUUGAUUUUGUUUUGUUUUGUUUUUUUUAAUAAUUCAAUCAGCAUCUACACAUAGAGUGUUGUGGAGAGCUGAGACCAGAGCCUGGUCAAAGGUAGCAUCAGCACCAUGAGCCUACCAGGCCCAGGAGAGGUUCGUCCAGACUCCCUGCACCGCCCUCUGAGCUCAGUCCAAGGCCCCUUAGACUAGGCAGAGGUGUGGCCGUAACCCUCUGUCCUUUAUAUCAAGACCCUGCUUUCAGGAUGGGUCAACAUUGCAUUUUGAGUGUCUUGUAUCCCUAACAACGAAUGUUCUGAUCUGGAGCACCUCACCGGAUUACUUAGCAGCCUGGGCUAGGGGCUGUAAUGUUUGAGUCCUGAGAAGAGCCGUGCGGCUCGGCUCUCAGCCUCCCAGUGAGCUGCCUGCCUUGUGAUGGGAAGUUAGCAAGCAGUGAACCUAGUGUUGACAUGCACCCUGGGGUUCCCAGGUUCUCCUCGGGCUCCAGACCUUGAUACCUGUACCAAAGCCAGAAAAGAGCUUUAUCACAAGCCUUCGCUGACCCGGCAUGAGGACUGACCGUCGGGCUCAGCACACCCCAUUAACUGUGAAUGCCCCUGAGGCUGGUUUCCUUUAUUGAAUCCUCUGCAACAUAAUGAAUGGUGAACACAUUCAAAAACUUUUUUUCAGGCAUCUGUCUCUCCUGUUACUAGGAGGACCAUGCACACACGUGUACUACGAGGUGGAUUUUGUUUUCAAUGUUGAUUUUUAGCAUCAUGUAUGUCCCUUCCCCGCCCUGAAGAGAGGACAUUGUAGCUCACUACUCAGGACAGGUUUGCCCCAUCUCAGGGUGUGACUUCAGGUGGCUUCCAAACUUGUACUCAGUUUAAGGAUCUUAGGGACAGACUUUGCCUCUACCUAAUGAACUCCAUCCAUUUAGAGAAUAAAGAACAUUUGAUUCUCUUGGAAAAGACCAUCAAGAAUAAAGCGGUCAAAAAGCAAGUCCUCUUAUCCACGUGUUGGCACCAAGGGCUGAUGAGAGGAAAUAAAAAUGUUACCCUUUCUUCCUCUCUAAAAUCAAAAAGAAAAUUGAGAGCCCUGAACUCUGAUUUUUCUUUUUUCGUGCUGUAUUUGGGGAACAUCAUAUAAUGAGAUGUAAUGUGAUUUUUUUUAAUUAAGAAAAGCAAAUUCUUCUGUAGAAAUGCAAUCACUGGUAAAGAGGUAUGAAAAAGUAGCCCCUUCCGGAGCCCAGCAGAGGCAGGGCAGGAGGGGAGAGUAAAAUUCUUAUGGAGUCGUGUCCAUCAGACAGGAUCUUAAAGGCCCAAGUAACCGAAAAGAGUGUGUGAUAUUUGAUCAAAUUCCUAAGUGGGUAACAUAUUUUGUAGGUUGAAAUAUUUUCCUCUUGUUUAAUUUUAUUCUUCUGUGUUUUUCUUUGAUGAAUAAAUGAUUGCGAGGCCUCUGCCACACUCCAGAAAUACUUGUGUGACUGCUUUUUAAAAGAAGAAGAAGAAGAAAAAAUAAACAAAAAACUGUGUGUCUGAUCACUUUUUUCUCUAAAAUUAUCUCAUUGCCUGGCAAUCAGUCUUCUCUUGUAUACUUGUCCUAGCACAUUAUGUAUGUGGGAAAUGUAAACAGAUGUGAAGGAGGACCAGAAAAAUUAGUGAAUAUUAAAAAAAAAUGUAUUGUGCAUUUUGGCUUCACAUGUUUAACUUUUUUUUAAGAAAAAAAAGUUGCAUGAAUGGAAAAAAAAUCUGUAUACAGUAUCUGUAAAACUGUCUUUAUCUGUUUCAAUUUCUUGCUCAUACCCUAUACAAACUAGAGUUAAAUAUGGUGCAUGGCCAUAUUCAAACACCUAAGAAUCGAGUAGUUCAUCCUUUGGUUCGAAGCACCUCAUCGUUUCUUUCAAAGCGAACACUAUCACAUCGCAUUUUUAUGAGGAUUUUGUCUAACUGUGUUGCCAUGAAUUAACUCUGCAGCCUUUCUUCUCAAGGAUCAAAACCAGUUUGAUUUGGGAAUCUUCCCCUUUCCAAACGAAAUGGAGAUGCAGUACUUACUUUCCUUGGUGUUUGUAGAUAUUGCCUUGUGUAUUCCAUUUAAAACUGUAAUCUAGUUUGUAAAAGAGAUGGUGACGCAUGUAAAUAAAGCAUCGAUGACACUCUUGUCUUA